GAACACAGAGGUGCUGAUAGGCCGAUAGGCCACCUGCCUGCCUGGCCGAGAGCCGCUGCGAGCGGUGGAUAGUUGCAGAGUGCCGGCCCACGGGACAGACAGACGGGGGGCAGCUCGGUCUAGCUCGUCUACAGGGGACCAUGAUGAGCCUCUGGUCACUGAAGGAGCGUCAGAAGCGGCUGCGCGACCCGGACCGGCCCCGCGGUCGGUCCGACUCCGACCGGUGCCAGAGCAGCGGUGGAGGUGGUGGGACAGAGCCGGGGGAGGAUGACUCCAGCUCCGACGAGUGGGAGGUGAUCGGCGAAGAGGCUCCCAGACAGAUGCCGUCACAGCAGUACUACCCGCCGCCGGGGAUCAUGAUGAGCCUCUGGUCACUGAAGGCGCGUCAGAAGCGGCUGCGCGACCCGGACCGGCCCCGCGGUCGUUCCGACUCCGACCGCCGGCGCCAGAGCAGCGGUGGCGGUGGUGACACGGAGCCGAGGGAGGAUGGCUCCAGCUCGGACGAGUGGGAGGUGAUCGGCGCAGAGGCUUCCAGACAGAUGCCGUCACAGCAGUACUACCCGCCGCCGCUGACGGACCUGCUAAAAUCCAAGGAGAGCAGCCAGGAACGAUCCGGCGCGGCCUCAAAGUCAGCUGGGAAGGACGACAAGAAAAUGGACUGGGCCGCGUUGGGUCUCGCGCUGGCAGCCGACAUCGACGCCUGUCUGGAUGCCCUCGACGGCAAGCGGCCGGCGGGAGAGCCUCAGCAGCGGCAGCCGAAGGGAAGAGAGAACAGUCAGCCCCGCGGCGCGGGCAGGGAGGACUGCCCCGAGGAGCAGCUGUGGAGACCCUCGGCGCCGCCUGCCCCGCAGGUGCCCGAGGUGUGCUACCGCCAUCCGGGCUGCCAGACCCCUGUCUGCCACCGGCUGCACAUCUGCCUGCUGUUCCUGGCUGACCUGUGCCCGCACGGCGACCGCUGCUUCCGCGGCCACUCGCUGGCCACCGCGCACAACCAGCGUGUGUGGGACAGGGUCGCGUCCGACGCAGACAGCGAGGCAGAGCGAGUAGCGCUCCUGUUCAGCUACUACCAGCAGAUCGGCCGACUCCCCGACUGGCUGUACCGUAACAACCUGCGGCUCUGCCUGCGGCCGGCCUGUGACGGCGCGUGCCGCCGACUGCACCUCUGCCGAGACUGGGUGGCCGGGGAGUGUUUCCGCUCGUCCUGUAAGUUCAGUCACACGCUGCGCAGUGAGCACAAUGCGGCAGUGCUGCGGCGGUUCCACCUGGCCGAGGAGGGGGAUACGGCCCUACUCCGACUGCUAGAGGACAGAUGCACCGCACAGAGGCACCAGUCAGACCAGUGCGCCGCGGGCCGGCGCAGCGGGCAGACGGGCCCGCUGACGGAGUCGGCGGACCCGCUCUCUCAGGAGUUGGAGUGCGCCGUCUGCCUGGAGCUGUUUCGGCGCGCCACCACCCUCGGCUGCGGCCACACGUUCUGCGCCGACUGUGUGCGCUCCACGCGCCGGUGUCCGCUCUGCCGAGCUCCCGUCACCAGCGCGGCCCGCUCCGUCACACUGGAUAGCAUCAUCGGCAGCCUGUCUGCCGCGCAGGGAGCAGACGGGGUGACGGGGGCCCUGUACCCUGAACUGGGCCACACCGGACCACACUGAGCGGUCCUGACCGGACCAGACAGUACUCCGGAGUUUGUGUCCUGACCUGGACCACACCGGACUGACUGAGUGAUCCAGACCUUAUCAUGGACGAUAUGUGAACGGUACUGUCGGCUUGCUCCGGGCAGUUGACCAAACCACACCGUGUGAGCCGUAUAACGGGCCGGGCCGGACCCGGACUGCAUGUAUAACAUUUACGUUUGUGACCAUUCUAAAUGUGUGCAGCUUUUUUGUUCUCGCUCUUGAUAUAAGUUGUACUCGGCUAAAAUAAAAAGUCGACACUA